ACGCCCCCGGGCGGUUCGAAAGGCGGAGGAGGCUUUGAGCCCUGGUGUUCGAGCCCGCGACUGUCCUCCCGAGGAGCGAGCCUGGGGCUGGACGGCUCGGCCUCCUGCCGCCCGAGGAGCCUGUGAGGAACGCGGAGCCUCCAGGACACGGGCGCCACCCCUUAGCUGCCCGCCGCCCUGCCUGCGGCGCCACCUCUCGCGCAGGACGCGAGCCAGGCCGCGCGCGAGCCAGGCGGAGCCUCUCUUCUCCUGCCUUCCAGCGUGCUUUUUUUUUUUUUUUUUUUUUUUUGCAUCGUUUGACAUUUGGGUUCAGUUAAACUUGGGGCUUCUACGAAGAAGGACCUGUUUGGUUUUGUUGUUAGGGUGUUUUUUGGUUUGUUUGUUUUUGUUUAUUUUCAACAUGGCAGCCUCCAGCCGCGCACAAGUUUUAGAUCUGUACCGGGCGAUGAUGAGAGAGAGCAAGCAUUUCAGCGCCUACAAUUACAGAAUGUAUGCUGUCAGGAGAAUAAGAGAUGCCUUCCGAGAAAAUAAGAAUGUAAAAGACCCUGUAGAAAUUCAAGCCCUGGUGAAUAAAGCCAAAAGAGACCUUGAAAUAAUCCGCAGACAGGUCCAUAUUGGCCAACUAUACUCAACUGACAAGCUUAUCAUUGAGAAUCAAGAGAAGCCCAGGACAUAGGAAGCCAGCACAAGGAAACAGCCUCCACAGCAGAACUGACCACCUCCAGCAUCCAUUCUAUAUGGUGGAACCUCCCAGUACUGGGUGAAAUAGCCACUGCUCUGCCUGCCUUGUAGGCGCUGAUAAACUGAGUCCCAUUUGCAUUCUGUCACAGCUGUUAUGUGAAGAAAUGGCUGUGUAUCCUCAUUUCGGGUGUAAGAGUGAAGAGCUGGAGGUCACUCAGAAUAAUGCUAUAUGUUAUUGUGUCUCCUCGCCAUCCUACCCCAUCUUAAAGAUCACCCACAUUUGUAUAGAGCUUUUGCAGACUCUGUGUCUUGGUCCUUAACAGUAAACAUAAUUAUCUCUCUAUCCUUUUGUACCAAAUAAACCCAUUACAAUGAAUGUGCAUUUAUUUCCUGACACGGCAGGAAUGGUAGAAGUGGGAACUCAAAAGGAGGGCCCCACCCCACCAACAACUGAAGAUUGCAAGAGUAAGCACCAGUUCAGACACAGGUAAUGAGGACAUGGAUCAAGAUGAGGAGUCUAAGGUACACCCCGCCACUCAAACCUACAAAUGCAGAUUCCCAAGUCCCUCCACAUCCCAUGCACACUGGAAUCUCAGUUCUGGCAAUCCCCAAGGAAAGCCAUGCACUGAAGUGUGUCAUAUGUAAUCCUGAGACACCAGGGGCACUGGGAAUGUCUUAUGACUGCACGUUACCUGUGCUGUUUAACACCUUAGAGUCAACAGGGAGUGAAGAACCCAAAGAUGGAAUAUUCAGAAUCCAGUUCUCAAGGUUAGAGAGAUGGCUCAGCACUUAUGAGGACAUUCGAAAAUUUUAAAAGUAUGUUUCGCUCUUGUAGAGGACCCAGGUUUGAUUUCCCAGUAUUCCAGGGGCUCCCAACCAUCUGUAGUCCAACUUCCAGGCAUCUGAUGCCCUCUGAAGGCUGCUGCAGUACCAGGUGUGCACAUGGUGCACAUACAUACGUGCUAGCAAAACAUUCAUGAGCAUAAAAAGUAAACCUUAAUUUAAAAAUUAAUAAAAAUAGAUAAAAUAUGGCUCUCCA